UUUUAUGAACAUGCUGGGUGAAGAUCCGCCACAUAAUGUGAAGCUCCGACAGGCUGGCAGCGGGGUUCGCAGGCUGUGGGACGUGGAGUUGGUGAUCGAGGAGGGCCACAUGUACCUGUGCCGUGGCUGGGAGAAGUUCUAUAGUGCCUACGACCUACGGACCGGGUACUUUCUUCUCUUCAGGCAAUGGGAGCAGCAGCAGCGACACUGGCUACAGCCAAAGCAGCAGCGAUUAUGGUUGUAGCAAAAGCAACAGCGAUUCUGGCUUUAGCGAAAGCAGCAGUGAUUCUGGC